AUGGAUCCAUCCUACAAUCAACAAGAAUCAUCUAGUUUUGAUGAUAAUCAUCAAACUCAAACUUAUGCAUCAUCCUCUGAAUCUGCAUCACCACCCGCCAAUAGUCUAGGACAAGAGAAUGCCCUGUCGGAGAAGCAGCAAAAUUAUUUCAUAAAGACGUCACCAGGUAAUAUUACUACACUUCCAACAGGUGUUGUUAAACAAUCUUUAGUGAAAAAAUAUAGUAUGGAGAAUAGUAGUGCUCUAAAUUCUUCUCUUAUCCUUCAUGAUCAAUCACACAAAUCAAAAACAUCAUUUAAAUUUUAUUUAAAACCAAAACAAAGAAAUUUAAGACAUUUACGAGCAAUACACGUCAGAAAUAUUCAAAGCUCGGAAGUUUUGAAUAGUUUUGCUAGUGGACAUUUAGAAAAGGAAAAUACAAGUAAUCAAAUUUUCAGAACAGGAAUUAUUGAACAGUCAAUUAAUCCUUCUUGGAGUUUUGAACUAAAUAUUAGUAACUUAACAGAUGAAAACGAAACAAAAUUCAUUACAGAACACGAGAGUGAAAUUACUAACUUGGCUGUAAAAAUAUUUAGUGUACAAUCCAAUAUACAGCAUGAAUCUUACAUCCCUCACCCAAAUAUUGACCUAGAUUUGAGAGAACAAAUAAUUUGUGAGGAUAGGUUUAAUUUUAACACAUUAACAUUCAUAGGUGUAUCAAUGAGAGAUUUGAAUAUACCUGAUCUCCCAAUUAAUUGUAUAUUAUUAGAAUUUGUUGAUGGUAUAUUUAUUUCAGAACAUGCAGACCUUGCAUUGAGGAAUCAUGGCUCUCUUUCCAAUGAAAAAGUAUCUAGAAAAAGCUUUAGAAUUGACCAUACUUCCCAAGAUGUAUCACUAUUUGAUUUACAAUUUUCAAUUGAAAAACUUUGUGGUAUUCAGUUUGCCAUUGAAGAAUCUCAAAGAAACUCUAGAUUUAUUCAAGAUGAUGUAAAGAAAGAAUUGGAAAGAAGGAAAAUUCUGACAGAGUAUAAACAAAAUAUUGAACUCAGAAAAAGUAGGAUAAAACGAUUGAGAGGCGUAAUUGAGGAAACAAAAAAAUCAAUAGAGGAAAGAAAGAAAGAACUUGAAGAAAGGAGAGUUUCGUUAAAAGAAAAACACAAAAUUUUAUUAGAGUCUCAACAGGAUUUAUUAGAUCAAAGAUUAUCUCUAUCACGUGAGCAAACUGGAUCUUUGUCAACACAAAAGGAGGAGCUUUCUAUAUUGGAACAAAAAUACAAACAUAGACAGGCAAUGAUAGUACAACAAUUGAGCAGUAUUUAUAUGAUUGGACCUCAUCCUCAAAAACAAACUAAUGAUCUGUACAUUAAUGGAUUAACUAUUUGUAGAGGAGAGCAACCAAACAAUGAUGAUGAAGCAGCUAGUGCACUUGGUUUUGUUGCUCAUUGUGUUAGAAUUUUAUCCAAGUUAUUCCAAAUACCACUCAAGUAUCAAAUUUACGCUCUAUCUUCCAGAAGUUUUGUGAGUGAGGAGGGUCAAAAUGAUCAAAAUGUUCUUCUGCCUCUUUUCAUGUUAAGAGGAAGUGAAAGACCUAAAUACUACAAGGCCAUUAUUUUACUCAACCUUAAUUUACAGCAUAUAUUGAAAGUUAAAGGAUUUAAGAGAGCGAUGAAGAGUGAGCGAAAGUUCGAUGUUUUGGACAACCUCCAAUUUUUAUUUAAGAAUUUACAAAAAUAA